AUGAGUCGCCUGAGAUCAGUACACGUCCGUCGGAUGUCCAGGCAGGACCAUCGCAAAGGCCGUUACAACCCACACCUGAACACGAAUCCGACUACCUUUCCACCCUUACAAAGGGCCAGAAGCGUACACGUACCGAAGUUGAAGGCCACGAGGAGGAGGGUUUGGAUCAAACCAGCCGUACAACAAGGCAGCGGAGAUGAAUUUAGCAACACUCCAACCGAAGCAGGAGCCUGCACCUACCACCAAGAGCACAAAAGCCCCAGAAAGGAAAUUGUCAAAGAUUUCCAGAACCAAGGCAAUGGAGGGACCGAAACGAAAUGUCCUGUCACCAAAGGCUCCGUUGGCUCAGCACACGUUGCCGUGGAAGUUACGAUCAAGAAGUUUAACAUCAUAUCGCGAGACCGACACGACGGUAACUACCGAGAACAGACGUUGCCAAGACAAGAAGAAACCCUUCCAAAGAAAGUCCCGACUUCGUAG